GCAUUGCUCACCUUGAUCGAGAUGAGUUGGUAUACGGUGAAAAUACGCGGGGGGUUUGUAAAGUUUUUCGUCGACUAUGAAAAUGUCGUGCGCAUGAUGGUUAUGCAGGCAGUGAUAUUGGUGAUAUCCAUGUGCAUGGUUCGAAUUGAAAGCAAGGGUCUUGCGUUUUAUAGAUUCACAACAUCAAUGGUACUCGUCUGGCAGCUAGUGUUCGAAAUGUUUGGAGCUCUUGUAUGGAAUGAGAUCACGGGUGCAUUUGGAUUCGAUAAUCUACGUGUCAGCGAGAAGACCUUAAUCGGUCAGGCAUAUGAUUUGAUAGAUCCGCGUGGGCGACUUGAUCUGCUAUUGCAAGACAAAGAACUUUAUCCCAUACUAUUGGCUAUCGCUGGCAGACGGCAUAUGGACGAAAACUUCAGAUUCAUGAAAGAUGUUCGGCAGCUUAAGCGGAUGGUGGGGACAGAAGCCAACUCGCUGACAGUCCGGGCUGGAGAUAAUUAUGCUGGAAAAAUUAGCAGACUAACAUUGCAAGUAAUAGAUAACUAUAUCAUGUCAGGAGCGGCUCACACAGAAACCAAGGCCGUUGAAUCAUUGGUGGCUCUACACCAGGUGGAAGUCGAUAUUCACAAGCUCUUGUGGAUGGCAUAUGCGGAGACAGCAAUACUGGUACAUCAGUCAAAUGUGCUGGGCAUGUUCUCGAAGAAUCCGACUGUGUGCGACAUACUGAAGUGCAGAGUAGACAAAUUGACAGCUUUGUGCGGGACGGACGCAAGACUGGUGAAACCACCGAAAACAACUAAUUUACUGCUCAUAGAGGAGGGGUAUUCCUCGAACAGUGUCCGCGACGAGGCCUAACAAGUUCAGACAGCAUCGCUUGCGCCAUUGGCGCGAUGUUCUUCAUUCAACAGAUAAAUGCAGCAAAUACUUAGCAUACACGAGAUUAAAAACUACAUCACGUCUGUUAUUUCUACUG